UUUGUUCAACAACCAAUACAAAAUAUCUCGUACCAAGUCCGCAAGUUGUGAAGUUGACCCCAAAACUGAUCUAGUUCAGCGUCAUAUUUCCAUAGACUAAUACCAUUAACUUCUAACCUACCCAAUAGAACCUUCUUACAUCUAAUAUUAUAGAUAAAAAUUGUAUAACAUUAAAAACGUAUUCACUAACCUCCAUCCUAACUUUUAUUUUGUAAUCAUCCAUCAGCUGAGAGAUGAAGGCACGACUUCAACCUUCAUCUUUGAUUUGGUCUUAGAUCCAACCAAAGCACACAGUCUCCCUCUCUCCCCCUUUCAUUCUCUAUCAAGAUAUGCAUACCUAUCCUCUUUUCCUGCAGCUCUUACUAGUAACAGUAGUAGUAUUCUUAUCUGGGGUACCAAAAUCCUCCGGCGUUGAUGAUGAGAGGUACCUCAACUGCAGCCAAUCGUUUCAAUGUGCAAAUAUACCUAAUAUUGGUUACCCUUUCUGGGGAUCAAACCGGCCCGACUACUGUGGCUUCCCGGAGUUCAUGCUGAACUGCAGCGGCGAUACCCCAUCCAUCUCGAUCCAGAAACAAGAAUUUCGAGUCCUUUCUAUCAACCAGAGUCAAAGUAGUUUCACUAUUGCUAGAGCUGAUUACUGGAACAAUGUUUGUCCCGUGUCCCUUACCAAUACCACCACCAUAGACAAUUCAUCAGCCGGUGUUCUUCAAUUAGCUUCCGAUGUUCAACAACUCUUGCUCUUCUAUGAAUGUCCCCCUCUUAAUAUUCCUCUCCCAACUGAACUCACCAGCCAAUUCAACUGCACUAUAAACUCAAGUUCUGGCACUGGUGCCGAUUCCAUCAACUACUAUGUUACAGAGGAUCUCAACACGUAUGAUGUCUUCAACAUCAGUGACAAAUUCGGAACGUGCAACACAACUGUCACCAUGCGCAUUUCUGAAUCGGCAGCUUCCAAUUUAGCACUGAAUACAUCGAAGGAAAAUCUAGCCGCUGCGCUGGAUUCCGGGUUCAAUCUGAUAUGGGAUGCAAGCAAUACCUUGUGCAAACAAUGUCAGGGCUCUGGUGGUAAAUGCGGUUACAAUACAACUUCAACUGAUUUCACCUGUUAUUGCAAGGAUGGACCUACCCCCUCUAACUGUGCAGGUAAGGGUAAGAAGAUAAAAAUAGGUCUUGCUGUAGGAGGUGCAAUCCUUUUUGGCAUUUUUGUGGGAUUCUAUGUAUAUUUUAUCAUCCAGCGAAAGAAGAAGAAAGAUGCAGCAGAAACUCAAAGCAAAGAGAUUCCCACACCACUUACAAGCAAAAGCACUGCUCCCCCCUCAACUAAUUUCUCUCGAAUUGAGAGCAUCCCUUCUUAUCCUUCCUUUACCUCAAAAUCAAAGUCUGACCUUGGAAAAGCCAGCACUUACUUUGGAGUUCAGGUCUUCAGCUAUGCUGAAUUAGAGGAAGCCACAGAAAAUUUCAACCCUGCUAAAGAACUUGGAGAUGGUGGCUUUGGCACCGUUUACUAUGGUAAGUUACCUGAUGGUCGUAUAGUUGCUGUGAAGCGCCUUUAUGAAAACAAUUUCAAGCGGGUUGAGCAGUUUAUGAAUGAGGUUGAAAUCUUAACACGUCUCGAACACCAGAAUCUUGUGAAGCUGUAUGGAUGCACCUCAAGACGUAGCCGAGAACUCCUCCUUGUCUAUGAAUAUAUUUCUAAUGGAACAGUGGCUGACCAUCUACAUGGGAAACGGAAGGAAUCUGGUUUUCUCAGUUGGCCAGUUAGAUUAAGCAUUGCCAUAGAGACAGCUGAUGCAUUAGCUUUUCUUCAUCGCAAUGAUGUGAUACACCGGGAUGUCAAAACGAACAAUAUACUCCUGGAUGAUGAAUUCUGUGUGAAAGUUGCUGAUUUUGGUCUGUCACGGUUGUUCCCGAAUGAUCAGACCCAUGUGUCUACUGCUCCACAAGGGACGCCUGGCUAUGUUGAUCCCGAGUAUUACCAAUGUUAUCAACUCACUGACAAAAGUGAUGUUUAUAGCUUUGGGGUGGUCUUGAUCGAGCUUAUAUCAUCCUUACAAGCUGUGGACACCAACAGGCACCGGCAUGAUAUAAAUUUGGCAAACUUGGCUAUCAACAAAAUUCAGAAUCAUUUGGUGAAUGAGUUGGUUGACCCUCUUCUAGGAUAUGACAAGGACUAUUCUGUUAGGAUCAUGGCAACUGCUGUUGCAGAAUUGGCCUUCCGGUGUUUGCAGCAGGAGAAAGAUAUGAGACCAACCAUGGAAGAAGUACUGGAGGGUUUGAAAGCAAUCCAAAAUGAAGAUCUUGGUGCACAAGAAAAUGGGGACUCAGAGGCAGUGGUCCUGGAUAUAACAGCCGAUGAAGUUGGUCUCCUCAGGAAUUUGCCUCCCCCUCUCUCACCCGACUCGAUUGUCACUGAUAAAUUGAUUUUUAAACGCUGGGACAGAACAAUGUAACUCAAAGCCACGAUGCUGACUGCUGAGGAGAGCAAUCACGCAUGCAUGUAGCUGUCGUUGGCCAAAUGAUACUCAACUUUGAAUUAGACAUAUCAGAUAUGGUUCAACAAAAUCGAUUUUGGUCUAAGCCUCAAGGACACCAUUUGACAUACACUGAUUUCUUGAAUAACCAUAUACGCCUAGUUCAUUUGGAACUAUUUAUCGGCUUUUUAAUAAAUAGAAUACAGGUAACUAUGCAGGAUCACAUUUUGUAUUAAAAUUAUAGGUCGAUAGAUACAACAGUCACUUCAUACAGUCCUACAUUUCUAACUUUUGACAAAUGCUGCGUAUGAGUU